ACAGUUUUGUUGAUAAAGAUUGAUAACUGUUAAAAAAGAUUAAGUUUUACGUCGAUUUAUUAAUUUUAACACAAACUUAAUUAAUGUACCAAUAGCAAUGCAUCAUUAAUAAGUUGUGCACAGCAAAAGGUGAUUUGUUUGUUAUGAUGAUGGACACUUCGAUUAUUAACACCCCUGUUGCAAGGCUGAGUGUUGGCGGGAUUAACAGUCCUUUGCGUAGAAGAAGUCUUAUAGCACAAAAAAAUCGGAUACACAGGGAGGAGGAACGUAAUGAUGACGACGCUGAGCGUUCAUCUUUGGUGGCAUCGGAGCGUGCCCUGGUCACGUCGACGCCGUUGGCCUCGCCUGGACGAAGUAAAGACACAAUGUCAUCAUCACCACAAAAAGAACAUUUCCAAGGUUGUCUCAAAUUGUAUGCAGAAAAUAAAAUCAACAAGGAUAAUGCAUGGAACCUUCAGCUGAUAGAUUUUAUGACGUCAAUGCUGCGACGUCACGACGCGCGCAUGGACAACCUGCAGACAGCCUCUACUGUGGUGGAUGCCUCUGCCCGUAUUUACUCCUUUCGGGUUGACGCUGUGCACUAUGAUGUGCUUAAAAUGGCUGGAGGACUUAGUAAAGCUGCUCAGACAAAGCGAGGAAAGAAAGACGAGAACGAUGAGGUGGGUGAUGAGCCAGCGGCAGACGACGCGCGGGCCAAGAAGAAGAAGAAAAGAUCUAAAGGCGCCAUCACAGCUAAUCCUGAGGUGUUCAAUGGAGACUUUGAUGCUAAUGAUUUCGUUGAUCCAUUUUUCGAGAGGCUAGCGGCUACCACGGGUGAUGUGACCUCAUCGAAUAGAGCCUUUAACGCUACCUUACCAAUACAUGACAACACAUUAGCACUUAUUUUAAGAACGGAUACUCACUAUUUGGAGCUAAUAAAAGAGAAUGAGUCAGAUCAUCUGGAGUUAAAGGAACACAUCACAUUGCCAGACAAGCUGCUGUCGGCUUUCACCAGCUCGGACCACAUCUGUGAACCUUUUGCUGCAUUCUCCAUCAGUAACUGGGACCCGGACACUGAGUAUACUGAGAACCGUGUUAACAACUGGGUGGAGGAGCGACUCAAUCUGUCUCAGCAGGCGCUUGCCUUCGAUGUCAACGCUGAGGUGGAGCCAAUACCUUACGAUGACGCUCACAACGAUUUAUUUGAUGAGGAGCCGCUGGGCGGUAUCGAGAGCGAGGAGGAGGCGGAUGUGGCGGUGGCGGCGGCGGCGGCGGCGGCGUGCGCGGCGCGGGGCGCGGGCGCUGCGCGAGUCGCCGACAUGCGUCCGCAGGUCGCGCGCGACUCCCGUCUCGAGUACUCAUACUGCGGGGCCAUCGUCGCCGCCUGGGCCGGACCCGCGCACUGGAGACUGCGCAACAACAGAGCCUCGAAGCUAUCGGAGCGUACACAAUCAACGGCGACAGGUCGUGUGAUGGUAGAGAAGAAGGCGGCGAGGAGCAAGCGACAGCUGGAGUUCCUCGGCGCGGGGCUCGCCACUGACUGCCGCCUGCCUCCCACAGCAGAGUACGAGCCCGCACAGCCAGCCAAGAUCACCAUCGCCAGGAAGACCCUCGCCACAGGACAUACAUGGAAUGAAGCUAAUUAUAAAACACCCAUUGAUAGAGGUUUAGACGAGUCCCACUUCUGCAAGUUGUUCGUGCGUCAGAAUGUAACGCUGCGGCGGCGCCGCGCGCUCUGUGCUAGCGCAGUGGGCGGUGUCAGUGUUGUGUGCGGGGCUGCCGGGGCUGCCGGGGCGGAGCCCGAGCCCCUCGCAGUCGACGAUGUGCGCGACUACGACUACAACAACGAGAACGACGCCUCCUACUGCCCUAACAGUGUACCCGAGGGUGAGGAGUGGGGCAAUGAGGAGGGUGCGGCGGCGGGAGAUCCUCACGACCAGCUCAAAGCACAGGAGCCGGAGGAGAUCGGAGACAUGCUGGAACCUCCCACUAAGGUGGCAAAAAUCUUUAUACCUUACGCGAUGAGAGCGAAAAAAGUCGACAUGAAGCAACUGAAGCACUGCACUUGGAGGAUGUUGACAAAUAAGACGAAAGAAGGUGAAAAGGAGGAGGUGACGCCGACCACUUUCCUCUCGGUGUACUCCCGCCUACCCACAAAGUUGUCCACCAACAUGCGGGAGUCGCUCAGUAUACCUCUAGCUUUACUCUCAGUGUUACAUCUCGCUAAUGAGAAAGGACUUAUACUAGAAAAACAUGAUGAUCUGAAAGAUAUUGGUAUUAUAGGACUUAUAAAAUAAGUACAGUCGAAACUAGAUAAAUGUGAAUCCAAG